AAUCCCUGUCUUCUCAUUCUGAAAGCCACCACCACUCUGUCUCUGUCGCAUUUUUCCCAUCUCUCUGUUCUCUCUCUCUCUCUUCAGCUUCUGUCUCAUUAAUUUCCAUCUCUUUCUCUGCAUGUUUCUCCAUGGAUUACAGUAAGUGGGCUGAAACCCAUCAACAACAACAACAACAACCGGUAUCUUCUCAGCUUCAUCCAACCGAUAGUUUCUCUCUCCACCAACCCUAUCACCCUUACUAUCCAUUAUAUCACAACCCCAGUACCCAUCAACCCUCUGAAUAUGGAGUUCCAUCUUCUCUGAAACUCCCACAAAAUGGCCCCCAUUACUCAGCUCCACCCUCAAUGGCUUCUCAAUCCCACAACGCGCUUGAUAUUUCUCAAUCUGAUACUUCUUUGAGGCCUCCUGGUAGUGAAUCUUAUGCUCCUAUGGGUCCACCCACCAUGAGUUCUUAUACCCCACAAUCUGGUUUUGAAGGUCAGGGCCCUUAUCACACUCAUAUACCUGGAGCGAUGCCACCAAAUUUGGGGUAUUAUCAGGACCCCGAGACGCAGUCAUGGGCGGCGAAGGAGGCUAUAAAGCAGUUUGGUGCCGAUCCUUUGGUUUUUGGAGCUGCUAUGAGACCCUCAAAUGGGCCAAACUUCAACCCUCUGGCAUGGAACCGGCCUAGUUCCGUCAUCAACGGCAGAGGAUUCCCCAAGAAAAUGAAGAAAACAAAGGUGGUCCAAUCAGCUUGGUGUGCUGUCUGCAAGAUCGACUGUAACAGUAAGGAUGUGCUUGAUAAGCACAAAAGUGGAAGGAAACACCAAAACAAGCUCAAGCAACUUGAGGAAAUGGCAAACAAUGCAAACAAAGCACCUGAAAAGGCCCCAAAAGAGAAAGUGGAACCAACCCCACAAGUGGGUCCUAAGAAUCCGACGGUGAAAACACCUGAAAUACCGGCACCAAAGGUCGAGUCUCAGAAUGCAGAGAAGAAGAGGAAGAAGAAGGCGGCGAUUUUGGAGGAUGUCGAGACAAAGAAGAAGAAGGUUUUGGAUGGGGGAGCAGCGGCAGACGCGGUGAGGGUGUGCACACUCUGUGGCACAGUAUGCAAUAGUGAGACAGUGUUCAAGUUUCACCUUGAGGGGAAGAGGCAUGCUGCGCAGGUCAAGAAGGCUGGCGGGAAGAAUGUUACAGGGGCAUGAUGAGGCUAUAUGAUGGCUCACCUUUGGUACGGAAAAUUCACAAUCACCCCUAGGCGUCGAAUGUGAAAUCAGACAGUUUGGGGAUGUGUCUGUUCUUUGUGUAAAGGCUGAGGUAAAAAUUCUUUUUCUUUGAAGAGGGGCACAUGUCCUUGCCAUCCUAUUUGUAAUCCGAUGGCUAAAAGAGUGAUUGUUAUAUUUUUUUUACCAAAGGUAGACAAUUUUAUUAUAGGAUAGGGUUUUUAGGUGCAUUUAGACACACACCUAGUUUAGUGGGUGCACCUUCCAAAUCCAUCUUUGAGAUGAAUUCUGGACCGAUAUUGUCGUCAUAUGUAGAUAAGAGGAAAGUUGAAUUUCGAGCCUUAAUAAUGGCCUAUUUGUAAUCUUUUUUCGACCUUCCAUUGCCAAUAUUUAAGGAUUGUCAGCAGGUUUACACCAUCUUUGGAACUUCAAAUACAUA